AUGGCUGGCGGCGCGCCGCGGGCCAAGGGCGCUGCGCGGCAGGACUGGACGUGCAAGUCCUGCGUCAGCAACAGAGGGCGAGCGGUCGUCAACUGGGGGGCGGCGCUCAAGUGUCAGGGCCGCAGGCUGCCCAAGACCACGUGCUUCGGGGCGAACGCCCCGUUCCCUGCGGCGGCCAAGUCGAAGACGAAGUCGGGCGCGGCACUUGGCGGCGGCAGCGGCAAGGCCCCUCCCUGGGCCGGGCCGCCGCUCUCGGCGCAGCUGGCCCAGGCGCAGCGCGAGCUGGCGGACCUCAAGAAGCCGCUCAAGGCCAGUGGGCCCGCCAGCGCUGGCGGGCCGCUCGGCGGGGCGCAGGCCAUGGAGGUCGACGACGGCGAAGGCGCUGGCGCUGGCGACGCGGCGGUGCUCGCCGAGAUCCACAUGUGCGAGUCGGGCCUGCACGCCAUCAAGGAUCAGACGGCGGACUGGGCCACGGCGCCGCGGGAGGAGCUGCGCGCCAGGCUGGAGAAGGCCAAGGCGCGGCCCUUCGCCAGCAAGCCGCUCCGCGCACGGACGCAUGCCAUCGCCAACAAGGCCAAGCAGCGCGCCGAGCGCCUGGAGAAGGCGGAGGGCAACAAGCGGAAGGCGCAGGAGGUGGCGCUGCAGGCUGGGCUGGCGCAGCUGCAGCUGCAGGCGCCCCAGGCUCCACCGCCGCGGCAUGCGCGCCAGGCCAUGGCGCAGGACGUCAUCGGCGGGCUCGGCAUCACGGCGGGCGAGCUGGAGGCCGUCGCGCUGCAGCAGCCCUCGGCCCACCCGAACGAGGAGCAGCCAGUGCCAGCGGAGGCGCAGAAGCGCAUGGCAGGCGCGCUGGGCGAGCGCAUUGCGGAGUUGCGCAUGUCCAAGCGGGCGCGGCGCGAGGAGGCCCCCUCUGAGGAGCAGGCCAGCGCCGGCCAGGACCUCGCCAGCACCGCAGGAGUGGUGCGCGAGGGCGCUGAGCGGGACGGGCAGCCCCAACCAGCGCCCGAGGCAGCAGCGCCUGGGAGCGGCAGCGGCCCCGCCGUCGUGCCGCGCUGGCAGCCCGAGGAGGAGUCGGUGGAGCAGCUCCAGCAGCGGCUGCGGAAGCAUGGCCUGGAGCUCGAAGCGGGGGCUUCCAGCCUCACGAGGAUCCUGCUGUUCCUCAGCGCGCGGUUUGGCGCCAUGGCGAAGGGCGGCAUCUUCGCGGCGAACGUGACGGCGGGGGGGUCCCUGGCGCCGCGCGUCGAGGGCAUCUGCGAGCGGACAGAGGCCGUGGUCCUCCUGGUCCAGGAGCACCACGCCAAGGACCACGACCGGCUGGCCGCCGUGCAGCAGGCCAUGCUGGACCACGGGUACGCGAGGCUCUGGGCGCCAGCUGUCCAGGGGGCCCGCGGCGAGGCAGGCACCUCUGGCGGGGUGGCGGUGCUGGCGCGCUCGCACAUCACAAUCACCAGCCCGCUUUUCCUGGAGAGCCCCGUGCUUCUGGCCGCGAGGUUGGCGGCCGCCCAUCGCGUGGCGGCCGUUCUCAUGAAGUACCUGGCCGAACUCAGCGCGGCUGGGAUCGACUGGGUCGUGGGCGGUGACUUCAACAUGGAGCCCGCGAGGCCGCAGGUCGACGAGUACGGCACGACGAAGCGGCACCUGCCCGUCGCAAUGGAGAUGCACGCGCAGGAUCUUCCGUUGCAGGCACGGGUGGCGAGGGGCAUAUGGGGCGCUGUGGUGGCUACGACCGGGCAGAAACUUCUGGGCCGCAACGACGUCGUCGGGCACGACAGGACCAAGUACGUCGGCAGGCGGGCUCGGCACCUGGGGGGGGUCGGGGCGUACGUCGACAAAGCGGCCCGCCAACUCCACGGCGCCAGCCUCCCCUGCCCGCUGUUCGACGCCCAGUUUGACAAGCUGGCGGGCUUCCUGCUGGAGGCGGCGGCGUACCUCGACAAGAACAUUGCCAGCCGCGGCACGCUGGCGCCGCUGCCGCACUGGGUGCUGGACUUCUUCGGCCAGCGGGUCGCGGAGCAUGCAAACGGUCAGCAUGAAGCGGCCCUUGCGGUGCAGCAGAAGGAGUGGGUCAAGUGGGCCAACGAGUCCUUCUCCCACGGCGCUGGCCGCGCCCAUCGGUGCUCCGAUGUCAGGGACUUGCAGGAGAUGGUCACGGCCAGCCCGCACCUGGUGCGCGACAGGGAGACGCAGCCGCGGGCAAAGGUGCGGCGGCGCCAUGGGCUGCAGCAGGCGCACAGGCCUGCGGACAUUGAGGAGUGGGAAGCGCUGCCCGAACUCACCGUCGACAAAAUGAAGAGCGCUGCGCUAUCAUUCCUCGCGGGCACGGCGAUGGGGCCUGCCAAGAUAGGCAUGCGCGCCCUGUCUUUCCUGUCCGGCGACGGCAUGUAUGUUUGCACGCAGCUCUUCACGAGCAUGGAAAAGCUGGGCGCGUGCCCUGAGGCCCGCCCGUGGCACGCCAUGUGUCGGCUGCCCAAGCCCUCUGGAGGGUGCCGCCCCAUCGCGCUCACGCAGUCCAUGGCGCGCUGGUGGUCGAGGGCGCGGGCGGGCAUCUCCAAGGGCUGGCUCACGCAGUACCCCAGCGUCGACAUAUGGGGGCUCGGCGCGGGCAGGUCGUCGCCCGAUGCAGCGUUCGACCUGAACCUCGAGACCGGGGCGGCGGUCGCGUUGGAGGAGCAGGUGGCCACCGUGCCCCUGGACGCCUGGAAGUUCUUUGGGGCGGUGAUCCCCGAGGCCCUCAUCCGGGAGGCGCGGCUGCUCAAGAUGCCGCUGCCGCUGGUCUGGUUUUCAGUAGAGCUGCGCAGGCAGCCCAGGCGGCUGCAAGCGCGCGGCUCGGCGCCCCACGAGGUUGUGUCCUACCGGGGGGGGCCGGCUGGAUGCACGCAAGCGCGCGCGCUCGCGUCGGUGCCGAUGCACCGAGUGCUGGAGCGGGCGCGCUACAUGGGCGCCACUCCCAAGGCCCUCGUGGAGGCCAUGGACCUGGGCAUCAUCGCGCAGCCUGCCAAGUCUGGUUACGCGACCUCGCCCAAGGGCCUAGCCGCAGAGCGCAGGAAGCAGGCGGGACCCCGUGGCCUGCAGCUGCUACGCAUGCUGCUGGCCGCAAAGGUCACCGCGCCGCGGCACGCGGGGCUGCCCCCUAGCGCCGGCCACGACGCGAGCGUCGUGAGCAUUUCCGACGACGAAAUGCAGCGGCUGCGGGCUGAGGCCAGCCGGUUGGCGGGUGCGCGGCCAGGUCCGUCGGGCGCGACGAUCUACCUGGCCACGCAGCGCAGCGCGAGGCUUGAUCCUGUCUACGAGGCGACGGUGGCGCUCGUGGCCAGGUACUCCAGCUGGGUCUGGGAACAGAGGACAUCGUUGGGCAGGUUUCAGCGAGCGUGGGCCUCCAUCACGCAGCGGCUGAUCGAGACAACGACGCGGGGGCCGGCGCGCGGCCCGAUCGCCUCGACGACGCUCGCGCUCUGGAGGAUCGGCUGGUACAUGCGGUCCAGCCUGGCGCUGGUCACUGACGAGGAGCAGCACAUCAACCUGCUCGCCACCGCUCCGUCGGACCUCAAGGCUUACCUCGUCGAAGGGGUCAGCCGCUGGCAAGGGCGACAGAUCCUGAGCCAUUUCGGCGGCGCGCAGCCCACGGGGCCGAUCUGGACGCGGGUCCCGAGGCUGUGCGCGGGUGGCAAGGGUGCCGCUGUUGCCGAAGGGCCUGCUGCCACUGGCCUCAGGGCGCCCCUGGCCACGGGCUGUAGGACUGCGAAGCCCCGCCGCGCGCGCGCGCGCCAGCCUGGCCCCUCUGGCGGCAGCGAGCUUGGCACGGCACAUCUCGUUGCGAAUCGGUCGUCGGUAGAGCAGGACGCCCCCCCUGAUCGACUGCAGCAAAUCUGGACUACCAUGCGCGACAAGGGCCUGCAGGCAGGCGGCGUGGGGGUCGCGGACUUCAGCGGGUUCGCGCACGAGGUCGGGCCCCCCGCGACGCCGCCGCGCGCGCCGCCUGCGGCCGACCAGGCGGGGGUCAGGGCCCGGGGUGGCUGGAGCGGCACGAGCGACGAGCAGCGCGGGAAAAUUGCGUUCACCGAUGGCUCGGGCUUUGCGAGCAGCAUGCCCGAGCUGCGGCGCUGCGGGUGGCCGCUGGUCCAGCGCGGCUCCAAAGGGGCGCCCGUUCGCGCGGCCUUCGGGGCCCUUCCUGGCCGACUGCAGACGGCGGGUCGCGCCGAGCGACGCGCGACCCUGCAGGUCACCAAGCUCCUGGGGCAGCAGGCGCGAUUCGUGGCCACCGAUCUGCUGGCGCUGGCCCAGGAGGCUAGCAGCUGGGGGCCAGAGCUGGAGCGAGCCAAGGCGGUGCACGCCACGGCGUGGAGGCACCUGCGGCAGCAGCCACGUAGCCCCGAGGUGUUCUGGGCCCCCGCGCACAAGGACGUCGACGGGCACCUGGCGGCGGGGCUUCACCCAGUGCUGCACGCGGGCAACCUGUGGGCGGACUGGUUCGCCAAGCAGGGGGCCUCGCAGCACGCGGUGCCCCAGGUGCAAACGGAGUUCUACGCCACCGAGUUGCAGUACUUCGAGCAGGCCCCCGAGGCGCGCUACGUGCCCGCGGCGCCGCCGCCGCCCGUGCCGAAGCCGACGGUGGUGGAGCACUCCCCGGUGCGCGUGCAGGGCAAGCGCGGGAUGUUGUGCACCGACUGCGGGCGCCGAUCCCGAGCUGAGGCAGUCGCGGCGGCGCAGCAGUUCGUCCGGUCGAGCUGUUUGCCGACGCCGCGGGCGCGCCUCAAGGCGGCGGCCGAGGUGGCACAUUUCGGUGCGGGGCCAUACUGGAUGGGCGACGCCGAAGGCCUGGAGGCCGAGGCGAUGCAGCCGUGCGACGGCGGCAGACCCUGCAAGCUGGCGCAGGGGCCGAACCCUUGGCUGCACGAGGGUGACGGCCGCGGCGCGGUGCUGCACCUCGGGCAUCGGCUGUGGCGCGCGGGGCCCGCCAUCUUCUGCGAGGUCUGCGUCGCGUGGACGCAGACCCAACCGGCGAGGGGGCUGCAGAAGGCGUGCUGCGGGCCGCCCACCGACAAGGGGCACCACCAGCGCACCUACGUCAGCAACCUGGUGGCCAGGAAGAAAGGGUUGCUGCGUGGGCUGGCCCCCAAGACGGGCAGGUCAUGGGCUACGGGCACGCUGGUGCCCGACGAGCGCACAUCCGUCGACGACAGCUCCGAGGAAGGCACCGACGAGGCGGUCGCGGCCCAAGGCUCUGUGGAGGCCACGCUGGCGGACGUGCAGGGGACCGCGUCUCCCGCAGCGCCGUGUGGCGGGCGCUCGGGGGAGGCCCAGAUUGCCAUUGUGCAGGAGACCGCGACACGCGGGGCUCCCGCAGCGCUGCGAGGCGGGCGCGCGGAGGAGGCCCCGCUGGCGGAAGCGCAGGGGACCGCGACACGCUGGGCGCCUGAACUGCCGAGAGGCGGGCGCACGGAGGCCAGCCGCCUGCUUGCGGAGGUCGUGGCGCGCCGCAGCGUUUGUGCGGCGCCAGCGCCGUCCUGGCAGGAGCGGCUGGAGGUGUUGUGGCGGCGCGUGGCGACGCGCGAGGCGGAGGCGUUGACCGACACGGGGUGCGCUGUUGGUGAUCGCGCCGAAUCACGGGCAGUGCGGAGGCAGGCACUGCUGCGGCGGCUCCAUGCGCGGGCCGAACGGCUCUGCGGCGGGGCUGGGGCGGCCCCCAGGGCUGCGCCUGCGGGCUUUGCCGCGCGGCUGCGGCGGCGCGGCAUCCGCGUGGCGGGGCCGCCGCCCAGGGCGGCCCUGCCGCAACGGCCGCCGCGGCCGCUGGCCCUAGAGCGCAGGCUGGACCGCUGGGGACGGUGGUGGAUCGAGCCGCUGCUCGACGCCGACGGUGCGGCCAGCGACUGGCUCGACCACUGCGUCCCGUACGCGGAGGCGGUCCUCGCCCAGCCCAGGCUGCGCGGUGCCUACGCCAGGUAUCGCUCGGGCCUCACGCUGAGCCAGCGGUACGUCACCGACAGCAUGCGGAGGUACGAGGUGUACUGCCUCCGCAGCUGGCUGGCGGCGCCUGCGGGCCUGCCGCCCGCGCUGGACUGGGCUCGGGCUGUGCGCCGCAGGCCGCGGCCUGGGGCGGCGGCGGCGCCUCGCGAGGGCCAGGGCCGCCUCGGCGCGCAGGCGGCGCUGCAGGAGCAGGACGCCGCCCAGGGCCUGCGCCAAGAGUCCAGCGGCGGCGAGGGCGGCGACACGUACUAG